UUUUAGGGGAACUAAGAUCUUUAAUGUUGUUUUUAAUAAUCUGUGACCUCUGUUUCCAGGCAGAGAGAGUGGGCAAGCUCCACCUCCCAUUUUUAGUGAAGAGAGUUUGUACCCUUGGGCAGUUACAGGAAGAGCACCUUUUGCCUGUUGAGGACAGGGCUAAAACUAGGGUGGAUGUUGAAAGCAAAAAUUAGUUGAAUUUAUUACAUUGAGGGGGGUGGUAAUCACAGUCUUCUCACAUGGCAGUUCCCUAUACAUGUGAAAAUAUGUGCACUUCUGUAUUUUUGAAAUCUAACUAGCACCGCAGCCCAGGUACUGUUGAGUUAGUGACAUUAGUAAAGGACAUGGGCUUAAGUGAGUGAGGAAAUUCAGUUUGGACUUGAGACGGAGCCAGCACACUCCUGCUGCGUCCUGCAGACUCACUGUUUCUUUCAUCUUUGAGCCUUCUAAAAUGCACUGUAAGGGUUGCAUUGACACUUCCAGAAGCAGCAGCCUGGUGUUUAUGUGCUCCCUGAAGCAUUGCUGCAAACCUUUAGGGCCCUGUGCUUUACUUUGAGAAGCAGGGGACCCAAAGGAUCUCCUAGGAUGCUUGCAGCUCCAAUGUGAUGUAAUAUUUGAAAUGACCCAGCGUUUAUUCCCUAGUCUUAAGAAAUGAUACUUUUAAGGGCUGGCAGAGUAGCUCAAGUGGUGAGCACCUGCCUACCAAUUGUGAGGCACUGAGUUCAAACCCCAGUACUAUAAAAAAAAAGGAUACUGUUAAGAAAUUAUAGAUCUGUAACAGAAAAUAGGGUUGGUUGAUUUGCAUGAUCAAAUCUCUUUCUCUGAAAAUUAAAUAUUGCAGUUCAGUUGUGUGUAACUGUUUCAUCAGAAGCUGCAUGCAAUUUCAGAACUGGAUUGCAAAGUUAGAAAAACGCUUUGUAGAUGUUCUCUGUUGCUCUCAGUCUUUCUUUGCUGCAAUUCUGCUUUUUUCUUUCCUGGCUGCUAAUUGGAUUAAAGACUGUUCUGCCAACCAUGGCAUCUGGAGAUGACAGUCCCAUCUUUGAAGAUGAUGAAAGCCCUCCUUACAGCAUGGAAAGGAUGCUAGAUCUUGUAGCUGUUUGGGACGUUGCUUUAAGUGAUGGAGUUCACAAGAUUGAAUUUGAGCACGGGACAACAACAGGCAAACGAGUAGUAUAUGUAGAUGGGAAGGAAAAGAUAAGAAGAGAAUGGAUGUUCAAAUUAGUGGGCAAAGAGACCUUCUGCGUUGGAGCCUCCGACACAAAGGCAACCAUAAACAUAGAUGCUAUCAGUGGUUUUGCUUAUGAAUACACUCUGGAAGUCAACGGGAAGAGCCUCAAGAAGUACAUGGAAAGCAGAUCGAGGACUACCAACACGUGGGUACUGCACUUGGAUGGUGAGGAUGUUAGAGUUGUGCUGGAAAAAGACACAAUGGAUGUGUGGUGCAAUGGCAAGAAAAUGGAGACAGCAGGUGAGUUUGUAGACGACGGGACUGAGACACACUUCAGCGUCGGGGACCACGACUGUUACAUUAAGGCUGUCAGCAGCGGGAGACGGAAAGAAGGGAUCAUUCACACACUCAUUGUAGACAAUCGAGAGAUCCCAGAGGCUCUUGAGUGACUUCUUGUUCACGAAUUUAUUUCAAGAAGUGAGGUCAGGACUUUGCAAAUUACUGUGGUAAUUAAAUACAUUCAAUAUGUACUUAUCAGUACAUUUAGUCUGCAGUGUUUUUAUUUUGUAGUUAUUGGAAACUAAUAUUCCCAUGGUCAGAACAAAUUAUGUGCAACCAUAAAAAUUACAGUUUAUUUUUAAAAUAAUGUAAAAUACUUUAAAGCUAAAUGGAAAAUAAAAUAUGGACCAAAAUCACUAGUGUUUCCCAACAGUAACUCUUACCAUAAUAAACACUGCGAAAUAAAAUUGGUGUGGUCUGAUGUGUGGUCUCACAAAUGCACAUGGGGUCAUAUAUUUGUCAUCUGUGCACACAGGUGACCAUUUUUUCUUUAAUGGCAUCCUACUCUCCUGUCUUGAUGAAUUCUUUAACCAACCAGUGGCUCUGAAAUCCACAGUGGUCACUUCCUGAGAAGUUGGAUUUCACAGUCAUGGUUUCUAGGCAGCUUGUAACAUGCAACUCAAGAAGUCAGUACUAAAUGACACGCUUCUCAUUAUGUGAGAUUACGCGAUUCGUUGAAUUGUGCCUCACCCAAAGGUAAUACACCACCUGGACCCGCAAAUGUAACCUUAUUUGGAGUAAGAAUCUUUGGAAGCCACCAAAGCUAGAAGAGGCGACGAAGACUUUUCCUGUAGGGCCUUCAUGGGGGUGGUCCUGCCAGCAGCUUGAUUUCAGCCCUCCAGAACCUGAGAUAAUCCAUUUCUGAGGUUUUGAGCCACCAAGUUUGGAGUCAUUUGUUAUGGCAGGUGUUGGGAGACUGUUAUAGUUGUUUAUCCCCAAGUGGAUGUCAUAUAAUAAAAUCUGAGCCACUAUUAUAUUUUUAAAUGAAUUGUUUAAGAUCUGGGUCUUAAUUCUUCUAGACUGCUGUAAUAAGCUGUUAUAAACUGAAAUGCUUAUAAAUAAUGGAAAUUUAUUUCUCACCGUUCUGGAAGCUGGGAAGUCUUCUGAAAGCAAGGCACUGGCAAAUCUGGUAUUGGUAGAGACCCUUGAAAGGAGGACAAAAAUUACUCGCCAUCAACAGUGUAAUGUACACUUGUAGCAUCCAGUCAAAACUUACUAGUUAGGCUUGAAGCAUCUAACCAGGAGAAAAUUUAGCCAAUAGAAACAAUAAGAAAUUACAGGGUUGAUGGACAUGGAUAUUAAGUUACUAUGGUUUCAUUCAAUUAUUUAGGAAAAGCACAGUGGGACACAUAGGACAAUAUCCUAUGUGAUUAUGAAAAUAA